AUGCCGGCUUCACCAUUGGCGAGGCUCGUGCACACUACACGGACAUGCUGCAGGAGGAGCAGGAGGUCAAGUUCCGACAGCAUAGGGAGUUUGACAAGGCGACGGAUGAGGUGUGGGGCAAGAGUGACAACGAUGAGGACAUCGCCAGCUUCGGCCCGGCCGCGCCCCGCCGCCAUGAGGUGCUGCGAGCAGCGAGGAAGAGUAGUGCAUGCGGCUCGGCGCACGCAUCCCACGCCUUCCCCCAGAAAUGGCCAAGCCGCGGCCGCGGCUCUCGCAGCGCUCAGGGAGGCGCAAGUCGGCGGGAGCCGAAAGGGUGCCCGCGGAGAGGAGACUCGAUCCGCGAACGAGGCGGAGUCCGUGCCCGCGCAGUUCUUGUGCCCGAUCUCGUCCAAGAUCAUGAGGGAUCCCGUCGUCGUCGAGUCUGGGCAGCAAAUGUCGGUGCUCAGGAUUUCCUAUCGUUAUGGUUUAAAACUUUCAGUUAUUGGACAUAAAUGUGAUCACUUAUUUACUGUUCCUGAAUCUUCAUUCCUGACCUAUGAUCGUCGUUACAUCGCGGAGUGGUUUAGUGCAGGGAACCAGAUGUGCCCGCAGACCCAGCAAGUGCUCUUAAACACAACUCUCAUUCCUAACCUCCUCAUCCGGAGCCUGAUAGCAGAGUGGUGCACAGAGAAUGGGUUUGCCCUUUCACCACUUGAGAAACAGGAGGAAGAUCAUAUUUGCAACAGUGAGCAAAGAACAUUUGAUGAAAUAUUCAACAAGAUAACUUCAUCAUCAAACAGUACUGAACGGAAGCAAGCAAUUAAGGGUCUUCGGCUCCUUACCAAGCGUAGCAGUGAAUUUAGAGCUGUUUUAGAAGAGAGGCCAGAUUCCAUAUCACAAAUGACCUUUGCACGGUUUUCUAACCCAGGAUUACAAAAUGAUCCACAAGUAGUGGAGGACAUGGUGACUAUAAUUCUCAACUUUUCACUACAUGAUAGUAAUAAGAAAAUAAUUGGAGAUGACCCAGAAGCAAUCCCGUUUCUCAUAUGGGCACUAAAAUCAGGAGACAUGGGGAGCCGCAGCAAUUCGGCAGCUGCCAUCUUCACUCUGUCCGCUCUUGACUCCAACAAGGAGAAGAUUGGUGAGUUGGGGGCAAUUGAACCUUUGAUUGAUCUUCUUGAACAUGGCAGCAUCAUAGCAAAGAAAGAUGCGGCAUCAGCUAUUUUCAAUCUUUGUAUGCUCCAUGAGAACAGAUCAAUAGCUACAAGGAGUGGGAUCGUCGAUGUGGCAAUCAGAGCCAUCGGUGAUCAGUCUCUUGUUGAGGAAUUCUUGGCUAUACUUGCUUUAUUGUCAAGCAACUAUGACAUGGUAGAGCUCAUGAUAGAGUUUGGUGGUGCCACUUGUAUGCUCCAAGCAAUGAGGGAGAGUGAGUGCAAGCGCAGCAAAGAGAACGCGGCGGUAGUCCUCUUCUCAAUCUGUAUGUACAAUAGGGCAAAGCUGAAAGAGAUCGAGGCAGACGAGAAUACAAAUGGCUCACUGGCUUCUCUUGCACAGAAUGGGACUCCAAGAGCAAGGAGGAAGGCUGCCGCCAUCCUGGAGAUGAUGAAGAAAACAAAAACCAUCCACAUGCACAACAGGCAUAGUUCUUGUUAG